AUGGAGGGUCCUGCAAAACACGUAAGCCUGGGAGGGAUCGCUCUUCCUGCUGACAGAAGCCACUCCCAGCUAUUCUUCGAUUGCAAUACUGAGCCAGUGGAGGACAAGCUGUUCAAGGGUCAGGAAGCUAAAAUGUCUACCUCAGAGGAUGUUGUCGACUCAGAAGCUCAGACUGAGGUCUCAAUGAGUCCGCGCAAGUCGAUAGAUCUGGAGCAAGGCAUAGCCUCCACAAACAGUGAGAAGACACAAUUUGAUGACGAGGACUCGCCGCCUUCUCCAACGAAGGAGGAGAAAAGACCAUCCUCUCCACCGCCCUCUCCACCCCCACCAGACCCUAAUCUUAUUCAAUUCUCUGGCCCUGAUGAUCCCGCCAACCCCCAAAACUGGUUGUUCCGCUACAAAGUCGGCGUCACAGGCAUACUUGCCUCGCUCACCUUCACUACAACUUUCACCUCAUCCAUCUUCUCAACUUGCAUCUCCGCCACUUCUUCUCAAUACCACGUCUCUGAGCAAGUAACCACCCUCGGCACUUCCCUCUUUCUCCUCGGCUUCACUCUCGGUCCCAUAAUCUUCGGACCAGCAAGCGAACUCUAUGGCCGCCGCCCACCCCUCCUCGUCGGCACCUUCGUCAUGUCGAUUUUCCAAGUUGGCGUGGCCAGCGGGGCCAACAUCCAAACCAUCCUCAUAUGCCGCUUCUUUGCAGGAGUAUUCGGCGUGGCGCCAUUGUGUAUCGUGGGUGGAAGCCUUGCUGACUUCUGGAGUCCUGUCGCGAGAGGUGUGGCGGUUGGGAUCUAUUCGAUGUGCACGUUCGUUGGCCCCGUCGCCGCCCCUAUCAUGGGUGGCUACAUCGCACAAUCCUACCUCGGCUGGCGCUGGACCGAAUGGAUAGGCGUAAUCAUGGCCCUCCUCUCCUUCACCCUCGCGGCCGUCUUCCUCCCCGAAACAUCCCACCCGCGUAUCUUGCAGGUCAAAGCCCGUGCCCUUCGCGCAGAGACUGGGAAUUGGGCUCUCCAUUCCUCUGCGGACGAGAAAGUCAUCACCCCCACCAUUAUCGUGGAAAGAUAUCUGACCCGCCCCUUCCGCAUGCUCCAUCUCGAACCCAUCCUCGCUUGGCUCUGCACCUAUAUUGGCCUCACAUACGGUAUUCUCUACCUCUUCCUCACCGCGUACCCCAUCUCCUUCGAGCGCGAGCGCGGCUGGUCGCAAGGGAAUGCCGGCCUCCCCUUCUUGGCAAUCAGCAUCGGCGUCAUCGCCGGCGGAUGCAUAAAUGCCUACUGGUCUGUGACAUCCUAUCGCGCCACGCUCGCCGCCUCACAAAAUGGCGAUACGGCCAAGUCGCCUGAAGCACGCCUCCCACCUAUGAUUCUAGGCGGGCUUUUGCUUCCGCCAGGUCUGUUCUGGUGGGCGUGGACGUCCUUCCCGACGAUCAGCCCGUGGCCGCAGAUUCUGGCUGGUGUGCCCAUGGGCAUGGGGAUUCUGCUUAUUCUGGUCAAUGGGUUGAAUUACAUUGUGGAUGUUUAUAAGUGCUAUUGCGGCGAAUACGGUCGUGAGAUGCACGUUUGGGGCGGUCUUUCCGCUUUUUGCGGAUGUGAUGUAUAG